UGUCUCCAACGCCAAAACCCGCGGGUCACUCGGAAAUGCUCCGCGUUGCCCUUGAAAACAGGGGGGAAAAAACCCAAACUCGAUGCUUUAUGCAGGAGGAUUUUAUUUUGAUCGGUUUUUUUCCCUUAAUUUUGGUUAUAUUUGGGUCUGCUCUUUGAUAAGAUUUGGUUUUGAAUCAUUAAAAUCCUCUGGCCCAGCAGCUGAGCCCUUUGGAGGCCAAAGCAGGGAGGAAACGACAAUUUGGCCUCAUUCCUUUGCCGUUAUCCAUGAGCAGACAGGUCGGCACUGAGAGGGACGAGGAGCAAUCCCCCCAAAUUACAAUUUCUCAUUAACUCAAAGCAGCUGGAUCUGGGCUUGGCGGCUCCAUAGCCCCCAAAUUGCCUAAAUUAGAAAACAACCAAAAAUCAAAACCGAAAGGCCGGAAAAGGCCGUGGCGGGGGUUGGUUUGGGGGAUGCAGAGCCCCGGGUGGGUCUGCAGGGAUGGGGAUCCCAUUUCCCCCUGUGCUGGGAAGGAAGAUCCAUCCCAAAGGAGGCAUUUCCCCCUCCUGCCCCUCCGAGGGAGCCAGCGGUCCCCACCUGCAGAAACCCCGAAUCUCUGCAGCUGUCACUGGGCCGGCACCAGGGCAAACCCAGCAUUUUUAGGUUGUCCCCUCAGCAGAUGGGGGACCCCAAGGGACCCCAAGGGACCCCUCCCCAUCCGCUAAUUCCCCGCUCACUUCUCCUUUCCUGGCUCAGCCCAUGCGGGUCCCAAGAGCACCCGGAGCCAUUUGGAGCUGCCGAAGCUCUGUGUGGCCCCAUGUAGGGACAAACAACGCCCCGGGAUACAGAGGUGGCCCCUAAAAUGUGUGGCAGGGAUUUUCCUCCUUGAUCCCGUUCCAUCAUCCACCCCAGCGAUGCAGCAGCAGCGAAGGGAAGGGGGAACCCCCAGAUUUCUUGCUCUGGUCCCAGAGGAGGGUGAGGGAGUUCUUCAGCAAAAGAAGCAGAGUGGUAUUUUUUACUCCUUUCCAAGUGUUUUCCUGGGAGCUGCAGCUCCAGGCAAGUGUUGCCUCAGGGGCACAGAGCUCCCCAUGAACUAUCUGGGGUGCAGGGGGCUGGAUCUGGCUCAGAGCCGGGGUGGUUUGGGAGUCACUGGUGGGCUCUGUGGCUCUGUUCUGGGCUCUGAGCCGGGGGGGAAGGGAGUGGGAGGAGAGGGAUGAGGAGAGAGGAGCAAAACUGCAAAAAUCCCCUGUGCCCACCUCCUCUGCCCCCCCGGAGCCCCCGCUGCUCCAGCCAGGCUUUCCCCAGCCUCCAGAAGCUUUCCCUGCCCGCAGCUCCCGCAGCGAGCACGGAUUUUGCUCUCCUCAGGGCUGGAUUUGCCCUGCUGCGUGUCCAUGCUGAGCCCUUCCUGCUGGGGCAGUACCUCGCCAUCCCCCGGGAUGAGGGAUGGGAUGCGAUGCCAGGGCUGUGGCACGGGCAGUUCUGGCUUUCCUUGGAGCUGUUAACAGCCGCUGGUGCUGUGCCUCUCCCCCGGCAGGUGAGAAGGGCUGCAAAGGCUUCCAGGCGAUUCCCGCAGCCUGCAGGGUGCCCCCGAAAGCCCCGGAGGAUUUGGGGUGCCCACUGGCAGCACCCCUGGGCAGCCUCCGGGACCACGGGAUCCCCGAGCUCCCCGAGCCCCUGGGCAAGAGCAAGAGCAAGAAGCGGAGGAACAGGACCACCUUCAGCACGUUCCAGCUGGAGGAGCUGGAGAAGGUUUUCCAGAAGACGCAUUACCCCGAUGUGUACGCCCGGGAGCAGCUGGCGCUGCGCACCGACCUGACCGAAGCCAGGGUGCAGGUUUGGUUCCAGAACCGCCGGGCCAAGUGGAGGAAACGGGAACGCUACGGGAAAAUCCAGGAGGUGAGAGACGGCUGCAGCCCCUGCCCCACUGCCAGGGGAGGGGUCCCGUCCCACCGCACCUGCGGGUGCCCCACAUCACCCAUUCCUGCCCCCCACCCUUGCGAAAAGGGAUAGAAAGGAGGGAGGAUCACAUUUUACCACACGCAGGAAGAAUCUGCUUUGUGUCCCACUCCACUUCCCACGGGAACACGCCCUCAGGGACAGGUUUUGGGGUGUUCCUCCUGAAGGCCCCCUUUAGCUCUCUCUCAUCCAGCUGUGCUUGUUCUCCCCCCCAAGAACGAAAAGCAUAAAAAUAAUUUAAAAUUCAGCUUCACGCCCAUCCCUGAAGCCAAACUCUCCCGGGGGGGAUAUUUCAACCAGGAAUCAACCCCUCCCAAGGGCAGAAAACGGAGCAAAGGCAUCGCUCCCUUUGCACCCUGUGGGUGGGGGGGAUCGGAAGGGAGGAUGAGGAGGAGCUGAGGAAGGACGAGCGGGAUCCAGCAGCGCUGAGAGGGAUCAUAGGUGGGAAAAGAGGAAUCCUGAAGUGGGGGAGCGGGAUCUAAGGCAGAAUGGGAGGAAACUAAGCGUGGUGUGAUAUCCUCACCCUCACUUUGCGCUUUUUUUUGGUUUUUGUUAUUUCAGCUGCAGAACAACCUGUGGCCGAGCCC